AUGAUGACCUCGCGAUUCGCCCGCAAGCUAUCUCUUCUGCUUGUGGCCAUGAUAUUUCCAGCAUGGCCUGCCGCUGCAAUUCUUCGUAAUAUUAUGUAUCUGACCGGACAACAUCCCGUGAUUUCUGACCCAAGCCUCAGCUCACAGAUCACACACGUUGUUCUUGCUUUUAUGCAAUCCUCAAGCUUCAACUCCAACGGGUCUCAGACGGAUUGGCCCAUCUUCAUGUCGGUUAACGACACGCGCAGAAAGUUUCCUGUUGACACCAAGAUCAUGGUUGCCAUAGGAGGCUGGGGCGAUACCGAAGGCUUUGACGUGGCAGCACGUACCGAACAGUCUAGACAGAGAUUCGCUAGAAAUGUCGCAGCCAUGGUGGAGUCCACUGGUGCAGAUGGUGUCGAUAUCGACUGGGAAUAUCCAGGCGGCAAUGGGGAGGAUUACAAACAAGUCCCCAACGCGGAGAAAGCCUGGGAGAUUGAAGCAUAUCCUCUGUUAUUGUCAGCUGUUCGGAACUCUCUGGCUCCAGAUAAACUGCUCUCGGCUGCAGUUCCUGGACUAAUUCGCGAUAUGCUCGCCUUCACACCCGCGGCCUUGCCGUCGAUCAUGGACUCUGUCGACUUUCUCAAUGUAAUGACCUAUGACCUGAUGAAUCGGCGUGACAGUAUCACCAAACACCAUACCGGCGUUCAGCUGUCACUCGAUGCCAUCAAUCAAUACGCUUCCAACGGUGCCCGUACUCAAGAUCUCAACCUGGGGUUUGCAUUCUAUGUGAAAUAUUUUCGAAUCGCCCCUGAACACCAUGACGUGUGUCGCAAAAGCCCAAUUGGAUGUCCCUCUGGCUUGAUGGAAGAUCCCAGAACCGGCGCAGACCUGGGAAGGGCUGGAGGGUUUAGUUGGCAUGAUGCCAUACCCGAAGAAGUCAGCACAUCGUUCGCCAAAGCUUUGAGAGACGGCCAAUAUGACCCAGACCAUGGCGGGUUUUAUUACUUUGAUGAGGACGAAGACCUGUGGUGGACAUUUGAUACACCAGCUGCCAUCCUGAACAAGUUUCCUUCCAUCGUCAAAUCCAAGGGGCUCGGUGGUGUAUUUGCCUGGGGACUUGGCGAGGACGCUCCGGAUUUCAAGCACCUGCGCGCACUCAUACAAGGUCUCCAGGGAUUGUCAUCUGAUAGAGAUGAAUUGUAG